UAAUAUCUCUGUCUUUGUUGAGCAAAUGGACUGGUAUGACUUUUAUAAACUUUGAGCAGCAUGAGAAUGAAGGUUGAAGAAAAGCAUUCUCCUUUGGUGUGAGAAAAGAGAGAAUUAAGGAAAUGGCAGGUGGGUUCACAACAGGUUCUGCUGUGGGCAAGGAGAGAGCAGAACAGUAUAAGGGGAGAGUCACUGCUUAUGUCAUCAUCGCCUGUGUUGUUGCUGCCACAGGAGGGUCUCUCUUUGGAUAUGAUAUUGGGAUUUCAGGUGGGGUUACUUCCAUGGAUGAUUUUCUUGAAGAUUUCUUCCCCUCAGUGUACAGAAGCAAAAUGCAUGCACAUGAAAACAAUUACUGCAAGUAUGACAAUCAGGGCCUUGCAGCAUUCACCUCAUCUCUUUACAUUGCUGGUUUAAUUGCAUCCCUGGUGGCUUCUCCCAUUACAAGGAAGUACGGACGUCGAGCGAGUAUCAUUGGUGGUGGUAUCAGCUUCCUAAUUGGAUCUGCUCUGAACGCUUCAGCUGUUAACCUGGAAAUGCUGAUCUUCGGCCGGGUCAUGCUUGGUAUUGGCAUUGGAUUUGGGAACCAGGCUGUUCCUCUUUAUUUGUCAGAGAUGGCACCAACCCAUCUUCGAGGAGGCGUGAACAUGAUGUUUCAAGUGGCAACCACUUUUGGGAUUUUCACAGCCAACAUGGUCAACUAUGGAACACAGAAGAUUAGACCUUGGGGGUGGAGGCUAUCCCUAGGCUUGGCUGCAAUACCAGCUCUUUUGAUGACUGUAGGAGGGUUAUUUCUUCCUGAAACUCCCAAUAGCUUAAUUGAAAGAGGAUCAAAAGAAACAGGAAGGAAGCUCCUAGAAAAAAUCAGAGGGACUGAAGAGGUUGAUGCAGAGUUUCAAGACAUGGUUGAUGCAAGUGAGUUGGCAAACUCUAUAAAGCACCCGUUUCGUAACAUCCUUGAAAGAAGGUACAGGGCGGAGUUGGUGAUGGCAAUCUUCAUGCCUACCUUCCAGAUCUUGACUGGCAUAAACUCCAUUCUGUUCUAUGCUCCAGUGCUGUUUCAAACCAUGGGAUUCGGAAGGGAUGCUUCUCUAUACUCUUCAGCUGUGACAGGAGGGGUUCUUGCUUCUUCCACAUUCAUUUCCAUUGCAACAGUUGACAAGUUGGGCAGGAGAGCUCUUCUCAUCAGCGGUGGAAUACAAAUGAUCACAUGUCAGGUUAUAGUUGCCAUCAUUUUGGGGAUCAAGUUUGGAGACACCCAAGAAUUGUCCAAAAGCUUUUCUAUAUUGGUUGUGGUUUUUAUUUGCCUAUUUGUUCUAGCUUUUGGAUGGUCAUGGGGGCCACUUGGGUGGACAGUUCCUAGUGAGAUAUUUCCAUUAGAAAUCAGGUCAGCAGGGCAAAGCAUCACAGUUGCUGUGAACCUUCUGUUCACUUUCAUAAUUGCCCAGUCUUUCCUUGCUCUUCUCUGCUCAUUCAAGUUUGGGAUCUUUCUCUUUUUUGCUGGCUGGAUUACAAUCAUGACCAUAUUUGUUUCUCUUUUCCUACCUGAAACAAAGGGGAUUCCCAUUGAAGAGAUGUCAUUUAUGUGGAGGAAGCACUGGUUCUGGAAAAUGAUACUGCCUGAAACCGAUGGUGGUAGGGUAUAAGUGCCAAGGAAUCCGGUAAUGCAAUUUGGUUACCACAGAUCCAAGGUACUGAAUUACUGCACUGAAGAAUUUGAUCACAAUUUGCUCAUGGAGCAUUUAGGAACUGAAAUUAUGCAAAACUGUAAUUCAUAAAACGAGCUUAGUGUAAAAAGUGAGCAUGUAUGAUGAGAUUAUUGAAUAAAUAGUUGUAAUUUUGUAACAUUCAAGAUUAGAUCAAAAUAGUUUGUAGAGACAAUAUUUUCUAUUUUGUUUUGUUUGGUGCAGAAGCUGUUCAAUAAUAGUAAUGCUGGUACUGAAUUACUAGUCUCUCUAAUGCCAAACAGCUGCUUUGCCAUGGA